AUGUUCCGUCUGGACUUCUUGUUGGCCAAAGAGGCGGAGAGGAUGAUUAGUGAACGCAAAGAAAUGGCUGAGGACGCUAUUCUCGGCCCCGAAACUGAAUGGAGACCCCUGAGAGUGGUGUUCUACAACAGUUCGAUUGCUUUCGAAGAUGGGCCACUCCGCAAGGCAUGCGAGCACGAGAUGUGA